AUGCGCCACCGGCUCAAGUCGCUGGCCCUCGUCGUCCUCCUCGGCGCCGCGGGCGCCGUCUGGCUGAGCGCGGCGCAGGAGAAGCGCAAGGGCCGGCGCCGGCGCCGGCCGGCGCCGCGCGCGGCGCCGCGCCGCGCCGCCGCCGUCGUGCUGAGCGGCGGCCUGCGCACGUUCCUCCACUGCAACGGCUCCUUCUUCGACCGCGUCGUCGCCGAGAACCCGGACUUCCGCUUCGACUACUUCGUGCACGCGGUGCUCGAGGGCGACGGCGGCGACGCGGCGGCCUUUCAGGCCUUGAAGUUCGGCGCGCACCCGAACGUGAAGCGCGUCGAGGCCGAGCUCGCGGCCGACGCGCGGCGCGCGGUCCUGCGGGAGCUGCCGAAUCUCGCGAAACUGCCCGCGGGCAACGGCACGGCCCGGGGCAAGGCCAUCAACGUCGCGUCCAUGUUCCGGUCCAUCGCCCUCGCCGAGGCGCUGCGCGCCGGCGCCGCGUACGACGUGGUGCUGCGGCUGCGGCCCGACGCGUACUUUUGCUCGUCGGUGAACCUGACGGCGGCGCUCGCGGUCCUGGACGAGGACGUCGUGCUCGUGCCCUUCGCCGAGGACCAGCUCGUCUUCGACCAGUUCGCCGUCGCCGGGCCGGACGCCAUGGCGCGGUACGCCCGCGCCUACGCGGACACGCUGACGCGCGAGAUCGCGCGGAACCCGCAGCGCGCGUUGUACCCGGAGCGGGAGAUGUGGCGCCACUUCCGCGCGGAGAAGCUCAAGGCCGUGACGCUCCGCGAGUUCCGGUCGACGCUCGUGCGCCUCGACGGCGCCGGGGCGCCGCGCCACGAGGACGCCUACGCGAAGCUGCGGCUCGACUACCCGCACCUCGCGCGCGUCGCGAUGCCCGCGGUCGUCGAGACCUGCGCGCCGCGGAAGAAGCGGCGGGGCGGCUAA